AUGUGCUUCUCUUACUUUUUACUAUGGUUUACGAAAUCAAUCAUUACACCAAAUAAUAUAUCCUCUGAUUCAUUUAAUCAACUAUUCACAGACAUUUCUAGCAAGUUCAAUAGUUCAUUAUUAGCCAGUUGGGCAAUUUCAAUUAAUUACAAAGGUCAAAAUAUAUUUGAAUACGUAGAUGGAUAUUUAAUAACAAAUCAGGAAACUCUCUAUCCUUGGUCAUCAAUUAGUUCACUUUUGACACAUGUUUCUAUUAUGCAACUCUAUGAAGAAGGUAAACUCAAUCUGCAUGAUGACAUAACGAAAUAUCUCGGUAAAAAUUUUUUCAAGAGAUUGACAUACAUAGAUCCAAUCAGAAUUAUUAACCUCAUGAAUCACGAUACAGGUUGGGAUAUGACAGCAGAGGAUUCAAUUAUUCCUGGCAAUAGAAUCUCUGUUAAUCUUGAGGAUGUUAUCCUUAAAAACGAGCCAAGACAGUUUUGCAAGCCUGGAACCUUCGUAUCAUAUUCCGAUUUUGGAGUAGCAGUUGAAGGUCUAAUUAUUGAGAAAGUUUCUAAAAUUAAUUACAUUGAGUAUGUUAAGAAAAAUAUAUUAUCAAAACUUGGAAUGAAUAAUACUUCAAUUGAUCCACUAAGGACAGACAUUAGUGAAGAUCAACUCAGUAAAUUAGCGAUUCCGUAUGAAAUAAAAACCAAAAAGGGAAUAAGCAAAUUACAAGAAACAAAGUUUUAUUCAAAUCAAUUCUAUCCUUCAGGUUCAGCGAUAUCAACCAUAACAGAUUUGUCCAUUUUUGCUAAUGCUCUGGUUGGGAAGAAUAACCAAAGUUAUUUGUUCAAAUACAAUUCAACGCUUUUAGAAUUUUAUAAAUUGACAAAGGAAAAUCCAAACAUUUCACAUGGACUAUUCCAACAGUACUAUUCAGGAAGAAUCAUUGGAUUUGAUCUACAAGGGAACACUAUGGUAUUUACAUCUUUCAUAUCAUUGCUUCCAGAAGAAGGCUUUAGUUAUGUCGGAAUAUCUAAUCUCCAAAAUGAUCUUUUCAUAUCAAGAGCAUUUCAUCAUGAAUUAUGGGGAUUAUAUACUCAAACUACAAAUUUAAGUAUUCCAUAUGAAUUAGCAGGCGAUUAUGUAUCAACAAAUAUUAUUCAUCGAGGUUUUUUCAAGCGCCAAUAUUAUGACAAAUACUUUUCAAUACAAAUAUUGGAAAAUAAACAACAAUUUUUAUUUAAUGGAGAGGUUUUUAGAAUUGCAGAAAAGAAUUUAUUUACGAAUACUGUACCAUCAAACGGGGUGUAUAUUAGUAAUUACCAAAUCAGUUUCACAUUUGAUAAAGAUAGUAAUGUUAUUGGAUUUUGUAACUUCGACAAUUGCUAUGAAAUAUUUGACGGAAGCAAUGACAUUAAAUUACAUACGAUACCAUCUGUUUUGAUGUUUAUUUGUAGCUUUUUUGCGAUAAUGUAUAUGGAAACAAUACAUCAUUUCUUUUCAAAAUCAAAAGAGAAACCGGCUUAUAAGAAAUAUGCAAUUAUUAACAUAAUCAUAUUUAUACACAUGGUUAUUAUCUUUAUUUUAGCAUUGAUUGGUAUCGUUCGCAAUAGAAUAGGAUCAAGAAAAUUAGUAAUCAGCAUUAUUAAUUAUUUGAUUUUUCUUCAUAUUUUUAUUGCAUUUUUAAUUAUUCUCAUUAUUCUUUUUGUAAUAGAAGAUAUCUUCAUGGUAACCAAGAGAUUGCAAAAUUUGUUGCAUAAAACAUCUAAUAGAGUCAAAGCAGAAGAUGAUUUUGACAAUAAUACAGAAUUAAUUAAUAUAAAUAAUAACAUAAAUAUGGAAACUGAUAUUAAUUCAAUAAAUGAGAAUGUAGCUUCGAUGGACAGGACAAAUGAAAGUGAAAAAUCUGAAUAUCUGGAUGGUGGUUUAAUGAUAGCAAUUUGUCUUACUCCUCUAUUAAUAUGCUUUCUAGCUAUUGAACUAAUAUCAGAGGUAUUCUGGUUGUAA